AUGAAAGAUGCCCAUGCUUAUGCGAUGAAAGCAGCAAACCGCCUUAUUCAGAUUGUCCAAGAUCUACUCGGUUGUAAUCGCAUUCUACAAUGCCCUAUUCACAUUGUACCAGCUUUGUUUGCAGCCAUGGGCAUGCAAGCCGUUGAUAUCUAUUCAGAUGAUGAGCUACAGGGGCAACUCGGCGCAGUAAGAACCAAAGUCGCUAUGCUGGCUUUACAACAGCUACAAGAAACAUGGCCAGUCAGCGGAUGGAUUUUCUCUCUCUUCAAGAAGAUUGUGCGACGCAUACAAGAUAAGAAUGAGUUUCUUCCCAACGAGCCAGUAAACGCAUCCCCAGUCCAGACCAAGACUCAAUUUCAGGCCGAUAUGCCACCGCCCCCGAAUGGGCUGCAAGUCGAUUCGCACGCAUUGGUGAACGGGAAAACACUUUACCAAGACCCAAAUCUGUCUCAACUCUACGCCAUGGCAGGUCAUCCUACUGGGCGGUAUCUCUUCCAAACCAUGCCGACGAUGCCGGUAGCCUACCCAGGUUCAGAUUGGCAAAGUAUUUAUGAUGAUGGAACUUGGGGAGAUUUCGAAUACGAGAUCUAG